AUGCCCGCCGGGAUGUUCAGCAUAGACAGUAUUUUGUCCGGCCGACCGAGCUGCAAGGAGCCACUUCUGCUACAUAGGGGCGGCCCACUGGUGCUGUCCGCCGGCCUGACGGAUUCUAUCUACACCGACUAUAACGGACUGUACACGACCACAUGUGGACCUUCUCCUCCCAGUAUACAGUCUGUGAACGGGACCAGGAUAGGAUAUAACGGUUAUUACUACGGACAGCUGCAGGUCCAGGGCGCUGGAGGAGGACCGCCAUGCUGCGGCUCUGUGCCCGGCCUCAGCUCACAGCAGUGCCCUUGCAUCCCAGCAGGCUACGACAGCACAAGCUCUGUGCUGAUCUCUCCGGUCCCUCACCAGAUGAUGUCCUACAUGAACGUGGGCAGCCUGUCACGAACCGAGCUGCAGCUAUUAAAUCAGCUGCAUUGCCGCAGGAAGCGGAGGCACCGCACCAUCUUCACUGACGAGCAGCUGGAAGCUCUGGAGGGCCUCUUCCAAGAGACCAAAUAUCCGGACGUCGGCACCCGAGAGCAACUGGCACGCAAAGUGCAUCUCCGAGAGGAGAAGGUUGAGGUUUGGUUCAAAAACAGACGCGCGAAGUGGAGGAGGCAGAAAAGGUCUUCAUCAGAGGAAUCAGAGAACUCUCACAAAUGGAACAAAUCGACCAAAACGUCUGCGGAGAAAACCGAAGAGAGUAAAAGUGAUGUGGACUCGGACAGCUGA